UCUCAGUGUGGUAUUGAGUGUUGUAGCAUAGAGAAGUCUUUUUUGAGAUGGAGUUUAGAAAUUUGGAUGAGUACGAAGAAAGGGCGAGGGAGCAUUUACCGAAAAAUGCUCAGAAUUACUAUGGCAAUGGCACGGGCAAAGGAUUAUCGUUGCAAUGGAAUAGAUCGAGCUACGACAGGAUUCGCAUUCACCCCCACUGCCUGAGGGACGUGUCAAAGCGUUCUGCAAAGUGUCAUUUAUUGGGAAUUGAUAUGGCUAUGCCGGUGGGAACGAGUCCCACGGCGAUGCAGAAAGUUGUGCAUCCAGAGGGUGAGAUUGGUAGUGCGAAGGCUGCACAGGAGGCAGGAGUCGUUUUCACACUCAGCUGCCUAGCCACCACGUCCCUCGAGGAAGUUGCUGCCGCCACACCAAGUAGCCCCAAGUGGUUUCAGCUUUACAUUUAUGUCGACAGAAUUUUAACCAGAAAUUUAAUUCGACGCGCUGAAAAUGCUGGUUAUAAGGCUAUUGUAGUGACUGUGGACACACCAAUGUUUGGUUUUAGACGACCUAAAAACAAUCUAAGGCUACCACCCCAUCUAUUCUUGGAAAACUUUACACAAGAGCGCAUUGAAGACCUCAAAGAAGCCGGAGAAAGUCUCAAUCUUGCUACUUAUUUGUCUAACGGCCAUAUUUAUAGAUGCUUGACGUGGGAGGACAUUAAGUGGCUUGUGAAGGAGACUCGUCUGCCAGUGCUGGCUAAGGGAAUUCUCCGUGUGGAUGAUGCCAUACGUGCUGUAGAAUGUGGAUGCCAAGGGAUAAUCGUUUCAAAUCAUGGUGGACGCCAGUUGGACUCCGUACCGCCCACAAUUGAAGUUCUACCCAGAAUCGCGGCGGCAGUUGGGGACAAAGUGUGUGUUAUUGUGGAUGGUGGUAUUCGCCAGGGAACGGAUGUAUUCAAGGCAAUUGCUCUUGGCGCCAAAAUGGUCCUAAUCGGUAGACCAAUAAUUUGAGGUCUCACUGUGGGUGGUCAAAAUGGCGUUGCAGAUGUACUUAAGAUCAUCCAGACGGAAUUCGAUGUAGCUAUGGCUGUUUCCGGUUGCUCUAAACUCUCCGACAUUACACGAGAUUUAAUUAGCUUUGACGGUCCAGGCAGCAAGUUGUGAAUUUUUGAUGUCAUUUAAUAAAAUAUCCUUUUUACCAAUAAAUUUCCCAAUUUUAUGAUGUACUAAAAACCACAAAUUAACUUUGAAUAUUUUAUUUUGAUUCAUUUAAUGUGGUUUAUUAAUUAACAGUUGAAAGCUUUUUGGGAGUAGAUAAAUAUGCAUUUCAUAUAUUUUCAUUAUCAACAAACCAUAUCUCAUAAGCUCAUAAUAUUUUCUGUGAAUUAAUUUUAUACCCAUCUCACAAACUAUAUAUGAUACAGUUCAAUUUAAUCUGCUCUCUCAUGUGGCCAAAUUGCAAAUUACCAAAAGUUCACUUAUAUUACAUGAAAUGUUUAGUUUCAGAUAUUUGAUAAUAUCAACAAAGUUGUUUAGAGUUUUAGAGAGAAACCAAAAAGUGUAUCAACUAAACUGAUUUUGCAAAAUGCUUGCAUUGUAUUUAUUGCAUUUGAUAUUUUAAAUUUGAACAGGUAUGUUAAAAAAGCUAAGAAAGAGGAAUUUUCUUGAUUUAGAAUUAAGGAAAUCUUGGUAUCACUUUGAAAGUCCACAAAAUUCUUUGAUUUAGAAUAAAUUAAUAGUGUAAAAAAUUACCUUGCUUUGAAUAUGCAAUAUAAGGCGAAAAUAGAGAGAAAUGUCGAGCACAAUAUGAUACGGUCAAGUGGUGCUUUAAUAAAGCAUUCCUGUGGCUCUGAAGGGAUUUCAACUAUUUUACGAGUUAAUUCCAUUCUUCACUGGUACAACGUGGACCAAAUAGAGUAUAGAGAAGAGGAGGUGAGUGAGGGUAUAUUGCGUUUUAAAUUGCCUCAACAAUUUCCAAAAAACCCCUCUACAUACAUACAUAUUGUACAAUGUACAUAUUACUGUAUUAAAGCAUUACAGUAUAUAUAUAGUAUUUUAAGAAUAGACCCCCUUUUAUUUUUUUAUUUGUAUUUUGAGGGUAAAAAUAAACUAUGGAAAUAUGAAA